AUGAUGCUUUUUGAACUUCUGCCUCUGUUUCUACAAAUUAAUGCUUUAUGGAUCGUGCUUAUUUUGGUUUCGAUUCUUGUAAUAAGUUUAAUCUUCAAUUUUAUUCUUUUCAAAUGGCGAUCAUCUGUGUUACGAAUAUACUCUGGAAAAAAGAGACGAGUUGACAGACAUUUGACGUAUCCUCGUCAGUAUCCAUGUAGUUGGUAUCGAAUCUGCGAUAGUGACGAGGUGAAUAAAGGACAAGUAAAACAUAUAUGCGCACUUGGUCAAGAAAUGGUUGCAUUUCGCGGUGAGGAUGGCGUAGCAUGUGUUUUGGACGCAUUUUGUAUUCAUAUGGGCGCUAAUCUUGGAUAUGGUGGUACGGUUGUUGGUAAUUGCAUUCAAUGCCCCUUCCAUCUGUGGGAAUUUGGAACAAAUGGUGUUUGCACAAAAAUUCCAUAUAGCGAUAAAAUUCCUCCAAAUGCCAAUAUAUUUGCUUAUCCUUGUGUAGAAAAAUAUGGUAUGAUUAUGAUAUGGUAUCAUCCGAAUCGAGAGCCUCCCCAUUAUGAUGCUAUAAGCGUCAAUGAUAUUGAUGAUAAUACAAAUACAUUUGUUGCACGAGGAAAAUAUAAAUAUCCAAAUAUAAAAAUGCAUUUGCAAGAAUUUGCUGAAAAUUCAGCGGAUAGUCAACAUUUUGGUCCUCUACACGGUACAAUGAUAAUACCUUGGACAGAAAUCCUGAUUCCAUUUAUUAAAAUUGAUCAUACAGCAUCGUUUGCUCUUGGGUACGAGAAACAUAUUGCAUACUUUUAUGAUACGGCAAUGUUAAAAAUAUUCGGUGAAAAAUAUCCAAAAACAAAAGUCGAUGCCAGCAUAAAGUUUUAUGGUCCUGGUGGAAUUACAUUGUUCCAGUUUGAUGGUGAAUUUGGUAGAUUGUAUUUAUUUCAUUGCCAUACACCCACGGAUUAUACAUGUUUGGAUGUUGAAUUUUUAGCAUUUAUUGAGAAAAAAAUUCCAAGACUGCUAAGUUGGUAUAUCAUUGGAAAUUGGAUUGCCCAGUGGAAACGAGAUAUUGUCGUAUGGGAGAAUAAAGUUUAUAAACGAGCACCAUUUCUGGUUAAAACAGAUGGUCCGAUAAUGAAAAUGAGACGAUGGUAUAAAGAAUUCUAUGUGCAAAAAGAAGAAGCAUUUGAUUGGUGA